UUUACGCAACAUAAACAUCCAGCGGAAUUGACCCUUAUGGGCUUCCGCUUUCCCUGAGACUCUCUACUCUGAUCUCAACAUGGCGCUGGCAAAGACCGUCUACAGCCUGCUGUUCCGGAGGACGUCCACCUUCGCUGUCACUAUCAUAGUGGGAGCAGUGUUUUUCGAACGCAUCUUCGACCAAGGUGGUGAUGCUGUGUUUGAGCAGUUGAACCGGGGGAAACUCUGGGACCACAUCAAACACAAAUACGAGGUGAAGGAGGAGUAAGAUGUCCUGCUACUGCAAAGAAGCCCUGCUCAUCUCUAAUGCUCCAUCCUAUCACGCAUCUCUUCCCUGAUUAUGUGGACAAUGUUGGGACGGUCCUCUACUGGACGGCUGCGACCCACCUGGCUGAAGUUUUAUAGACUGGGCAGAACACAACCCAGAUGGAUUCACUGGGCCGGUCAACUUGUCCUCUCUUCUGUCAUAGUUUGUCUUGCUUUCCCUUAUCCCUAAUCGUUUCCAUGACUUGUUAAAUUAAACACACUUGUAAAUCUAA